GUAGUGGUAUAGAGUAUGAUGUUGUCAUGGCAAUGGAUGUAAACACCAAUGCAAAUCUGGUUUAUAAACACAAUUUUCUUAAUGUUAACAUCAACUCCAGUGCAAUAGAGUAUGGUGUACUCAAGAAAAAAGAAAAAAGCUUGGCACUCAUGAUAGGGUCAAACCCCAGUUCUGUGAAGCAGGCAAAGAUGAAUUCAGCAGGUAGAAUUUAUACAUCUAUUGAUACCAGUAAAGGGAGGUACAAAGCCAAACGCCGCUGUUUCUCCAGAAGUCACUUACAGUUAAGAAGUUUGACAGUUUGCGGAUAGACAUGAUACUGAUGAGCCCACCCUGCCAACCAUUUACACGUGUCGGUAAACAGAAAGAUACAGAAGACAUUCGCACCAAGUCAUUUUUGCAUGUACUAGACCUUCUGAAAAGGUCAGAAAAAUGUCCAUCAUACAUUCUUCUAGAAAAUGUAAAAGGGUUCGAAUGCUCAGAUUCCAGAAUGAGGCUGAUAGAAACACUCAAAGACUGUGGCUACAACUUUCAGGAAUUACUGCUCACACCAUUACAGUUUGGCAUCCCAAACUCAAGGUUAAGGUACUUUCUCAUUGCAAAGAAGAGGCCACUACAGUUCAGUUUUCAAACUUCAGAAGAGAUAAUGGUCAAAUUAAAUUGCCCACAAGACUGGCUUACAUAUAAAUUAAAAUCUGAGGCUGAGACACAGUCCGAGCAACUGAAAAGGGAAGGUCACAGCUUCAUCUGCAGACGGCACAGUGAAGUGAAAAGUGAAAACAGUGUUACACAGACUGGGACUGGUGCUACAAGUCAGCAUUCUGUCUGUAAAAGAACAAAUGAAGACAGUGCUGAAAACUUGAACUGUAAACGACAAAAACAGGAUGUAGGUAGUAAUGUUAUAAGUAAUGCAGCUAAGGGAGACAAUCUUGAUUGUGAAAGUUUUGAUAAAGAAGCCAGUGAUAAACAGAAACAUAUUGGUUUCUGUUUGCAGAAUUCAGAUUGCCUGGAGAAUUAUGGAGAAAAUAUGCGACAGUCAUUGACGGAGGACCAGGCAGAUUAUGGGCUAUGUCUAAAGCUACACCAUUUUCUUGAAGAUAAAUUUGACAGUCAAGAUUUGUUUAAAGAAUAUUUAAUUACAGAAAAAGAUCUGAAGAGAUUUAUGGUGAUGGAUAUAGUAAAUCCAUGUUCUCGGAAGACAUGCUGUUUUACAAAGAGGUAUGGACAUUAUAUAGAUGGAGCUGGCUCCUUGGUGCAGAUGUCAACAGAUAUACAGUGUAUAAAUGAAGCAUCAAAGUUGAAAUGCAAAACCAGUUUGGAACAAAACAGGGACCAGUGGAAAGAUGAAGAAUUUGAAAUUGUUAGAUGUUUAAAGCUACGAUAUUUCACACCUAGAGAAAUAGCCAAUAUAUUAUGUUUUCCAGCAAGUUUCAGUUUUCCAGAAGGUUUAACAAACAGACAGAAGUAUAUGUUGCUUGGCAACAGUCUAAAUGUCCAUAUAGUCUCUGUUCUUCUCAGAAUGUUGACCUCAUGAAUUGAUGAAUAAAUUGUGUUUUACGAAA